ACAAACAGCAUACAGGCGUCAGAGUUGAACAAGGUGAUUCAAGCUGUUGAAAAUGUCGUCGGAAAAGGAUCGGUAUGCGCUGUUGUGACGGACAACGCGUCUAACAUGCGUAAGUCAUGGGAGCUUCUAAUGACCAAGAUACCAAGCAUGUUCGGGAUGGAGUUCAUGAAUGACGUCCUCAAGAAAGCCGUCCUAGUUACCAAAUUUGUGCGUAAACGUGCAGCGCUUCUUUAUCGCUUUCGGGCUCUGCAACGCAAGUAUUUUGGUACCCGGCAGCGACGACGCGCGCUAAUCAUCCCUGUUUCGACGCGGUGGUACUCGAGCACAAAUUGUAUUUCCAGUGUCGUGAAGAACGAAGUUGUGCUGCGUGAGUUGUUUUCCAACCAUGAAUUUCUGGCUCGUUACGGAGAUGCGGCUGCCAAACUCAAUCGCGUCGAGUCCAUUUUGGCUGAUAGCAUGUUUUGGGUGAAUGCCAGAGCCGUAAUGCGACUGGUGAACCCGAUAAUCCAAGCUCUUGGCGCUCUCGAAAAGGAUGGGUGUUGCCUUUCGAUGGUGUAUGAAUACUUUCGUGGACUAAAAACCCACGACAUCUACAACCGCAAAACUGAUUAUGUUGCUUCUGGUAUUCUUAACACGAUCCGAGGCCAGAUUAGCUCCCGCUGGAACACCCUCAAACGCGAAUCAAUCCUCGCUGCAUUUUUACUGGACCCAACUAAGUCUACGGACGACUUUGAAGGUAAUGCUUUGGACAAUGCAGUCGAUGCAUGCGUAGAUCUAGCUACACGAGUUGGUCUACCCUCCAACGUAUCUCCAAAUGCAGUUCGCCGAGCUGUCAUGGCUUUUAUUCGCGUGAAGAAGUACUGGACAGCCAAAGACCACGAAAAAAACGCGAGGGACACGCCAUUAGACUGGUGGCUGGUCAAGGUUAACAAGUUUCCGCUCCUACAUACUUUGGCUACCCGCGUUUUGAGCAUCCCGACGUCGUCCGCUGCGAGUGAGCGCUCGUGGAGUGUUCACUCCUUCAUCCACACCAAGCGACGAAAUCGGCUGAAACCCGAUCACGUGGAAAAGCUAGCAUAUUUGUACUCGAAU